AUGGGUAGAGAUUUUCUAGUUCUGGGUAUUCUCAUUCUCCUCCUUUCUGGGCUUGUAGCUUCAGCUCCAUCAGCUAAUUCUCCUGCGAAGAUUGUUAGUGGGUUUAUCUCAAAUCACGGCUCUUCCCUCAUGAAAUGGCUAUGGUCACUCAAAACCACCACCAAAACAAGUUCGCCAAUUGCAACGAGAUCGAUGGUGAAAUUCGAGAAUGGGUAUACAGUAGAGACGGUGUUCGACGGAAGCAAACUUGGUAUCGAACCGUAUUCGAUCGAGGUUCUGCCUAACGGCGAGCUUCUUAUUCUUGAUUCUGAGAACAGUAACAUCUACAAGAUUUCAUCCUCUCUUUCGCUAUAUAGCAGGCCGAGACUGGUUACUGGCUCCCCUGAAGGGCAUGCAGGUCACGUGGAUGGGAGAUUACGUGAUGCGAAGCUGAACCAUCCUAAGGGGCUUACGGUUGAUGACAGAGGAAACAUCUAUGUGGCUGACACAGUGAAUAAUGCUAUCAGGAAGAUUAGUGAAGGAGGAGUUACAACAAUUGCUGGAGGCAAAACGGUUCGCAAUGGAGGGCAUGUGGAUGGACCAAGCGAAGAUGCAAAGCUUUCAAAUGACUUUGAUGUUGUUUAUGUUGGAAGCAGUUGUUCUCUGCUCGUUAUUGACCGAGGAAACAGAGCCAUCAGAGAGAUUCAGCUCCAUUUCGACGACUGUGCUUAUCAGUAUGGAAGCGGGUUUCCUCUUGGGGUUGCGGUUCUCGUAGCUGCAGGUUUCUUUGGUUACAUGCUGGCUCUGUUGCAACGAAGAGUCGGUUCUAUCGUUUCUUCUCAUAACGAUCAAGAAAUGUUCGAAGCGGAUCCUGAUCAAAAGCCUAUGAAACCAUCAAGACCGUCUCUGAUUCCAACUGGAGACGAGCAGCAAGAGAAACAAGACGAAAGCUUCCUGGUUUCGCUGGGGAACCUCGCUUCAAACGCUUGGGUUUCCGUUAUGGAGAUCCUGAAGAAAAAGCAGACAGACACAAGCUUUCAGCAGCAGUACCAUGGAACGACGAAGCAGUCUUCUGCGUAUAGCACAGCAGCUCCAUGGCCGAUUCAAGAGAGCUUUGUGAUUCGAGACGAAGACGAGCCUCCUCCUGUUGAGCCCAGGAACCCAACUCCAAGAAAGACUUAUGCUUUUAUGUCCAAAGACGCUGAGAAAAUGCAGCAGCUGCGUCAGAGCCGUGCAUUCUACAGUAGCUGGGACGCUGAAUUCCCAAACCAGCAGCAACAACAACAACAGCAACAGCAAAAGCAUCAGCAGAAGCAGCAGCAUCGAAGGCAUUACUCGUCGAUCCCGCAUACUUACUAUGAGCAGAACAGUGAGAAGACUAAUGAGAUAGUUUUUGGAGCGGUCCAAGAACAGAGCAGCAAGCGCGUGGCGGCUAAGCCUAUGGCGUCUGAAGAUCAGGUGAAUAAUAAUAAUAAUACUCAGCAGAAUCUUCACUACAGAGCUCAUUCUGUUAGUUACCCAUAUGGAUACUAUCCAUAUUCAUGA